CUUCCGGGCCGGGCUCAGCACAGACCUGGAGCUCCUGCCCACCGGGCAGCCUUCCCUCUCUCCCCACCCAGGGAUGGCCGCCACGCUGGACCUAAACCACAGCUCCGUGUCUGAAUUCAUCCUCGUGGGCUUCUCCACCUUCCCACCACAUCUCCUGCCCAUCUUCUUCCUGCUGUUCCUGCUCAUGUACCUGUUCACCCUGCUGGGGAACCUGCUCAUCAUGGCCACUGUCUGGAGCGAACGCGGCCUGCACACGCCCAUGUACCUCUUCCUGUGUGCCCUGUCCAUCUCCGAGAUCCUCUACACCUUGUCCAUCACCCCGCGCCUGCUGGCCGACCUGCUCUCCACCCGCCGCACCAUCGCCUUUGCAGCCUGUAUCAGCCAGAUGUUCUUCUCCUUCAUGUUCGGCUUCACCCACUCCUUCUUGCUCACCGUCAUGGGCUACGACCGCUACGUGGCCAUCUGCCAUCCCCUGCGCUACAACGUGCUCAUGAGCCCCCAUGGCUGUGCCUGCCUGGUGGCCUGGUCCUGGGCUGGUAGCUCAGUCAUGGGGCUGGUGGUGACCAUGGCCAUUUUCCACCUCAAUUUCUGUGGACCCCGUGAGGUCCACCAUUUCUUCUGCCACGUGCCACCUCUUGUGAAGCUGGCCUGUGGAACUCACGUACCAGUGGUGGCCCUGGGCGUGGGUCUGGUGUGCAUCACCACCCUGCUGGGCUGCUUUCUCCUCAUCCUCCUUUCUUAUGCCUUCAUUGUGGCUGCCAUCUUGAAGAUCCCCUCAGCUGAGGGUCGGCACAAAGCCUUCUCCACCUGUGCCUCCCACCUCACUGUCGUGGUCAUGCACUAUGGCUUCGCUUCUGUCAUCUACCUCAAGCCCAAGGCUCCCCAGUCUCUGGAAGGAGACACCCUGAUGGGCAUCACCUACACAAUCCUCACACCUUUCCUCAGCCCCAUCAUCUUCAGUCUCAGGAACAAGGAGCUGAAGGCUGCCAUGAAGAAGACCUUCCUCAGAAAACUCUAUCCCCAGAGCUCCUGA